AUGAUCCCUCCAGGCAACAUCCUGCUUCUACUUUUGCUCCCAGUGGCUGCUGCUCAGAUAACUCCACAUUCCUGUUCAGGAUGUGGGCCACUCCCGUCAGGCCCUGUAGCUGCUGAUGCUGUGGUGUCUCUGCUAAUCCUGGUGGUGGUGUUUAUGUGUGCCAGCCCAUGUGACACACCCAUCCAAGAAGAUGGCAAAGUCUACAUCAACACGCCUGGCAAGAGCUGACCCCUGUAACUGGGACCUCUGACUUCUGACCCUCUCAUCCUGGAUUGUGUGCGGUGGCACAGGAAACCUACUCAAUAAAGCAACUGAAAUA